GCGGUGCGCAUGCGCUGGAGUGACGUCACUCGCACCGUUUCCGGCACUAUUUCUGCCUGCUGCACUGUGUAAACCGUGGUGUAAACACCGUCUGCUGGGUGUGUUGUGUUUUCAACACCUGUCAAACCCAUGAAUCUAGCAAGGAAAGCAAGAUUUCAAUUGCAUGUCCGGCUUAGCUUCACUCCACUGUUCCAUCUAACAUGAAGAACUCAUCGUAGGCCGCUGAUAGAUUUAACCUGUUGAAGAAAUUGAGGGUAUGGAAUGGAGUUAGUCCAAGGCAGUAUUCGCUGGGCAUUUAAUACAAGAACAUGGAACCCAUCAGAAAAAGACUGGCUCCUAGCUUCAAGAUGUGUUCAAAUAGAAGACAAGGAACGAAUCCAGAAGUUUGUAUUUAAAGCAGAUGCCAAGGCUCGAAUGGCAGCAUGUCUCAUGAUACGCAAGUUGGUGCAUUUGGCAACAGGUGAACCCUAUGCCAUGAUUAAAAUUGCACGCAAUGAGGGUGGGCGUCCAUAUGUUGUAAACCAGCGAUUUCCUAUAGAUUUCAGCAUUUCACAUGAGGGACAUUUUACAAUUCUCGCUGGAGAAGUCAAGAAUGAUGUGACUGUCGGCGUUGAUCUAAUGAAUGUAAAUACCAAACAUGAACUUUCAAAGCUAUUCCGUCUAAUGAACAGUUCAUUUACGCAUGAAGAAUGGAAAACAAUUUUAGCUGGUGACUCAGAAGAAAGCAAGUUUGCCAUGUUUUUCAGGCACUGGUGUCUGAAAGAGAGCUAUGUAAAAGCAAUUGGUAUAGGAAUUUGCACUGAUUUACAGAAAAUAUCCUUUAAAUUAAAAACGGCAUCUCUGAGUGCUGACAAAUGUUGUACAGAUACUGUGGUAGAAAUUGACAAAGUUGAAAAUACUUCCUGGAGGUUCCAGGAAUGGCUUCUAGAUCAACAGCAUUGUGUGUCAGUGGCCCUUUCUCCGCGCACUCAUGUUGAACCCCAAGAAGCAAUACCAUUCACCAUACUGACCUGGGCAGAAUUGAUGAAAGAAGCAAACCCUUUCUUACCACCUGACAUUAAUUACUGUCAAACAUUCAUGAAGAAGGAAGAGAGAGGAGACAUCCACUGCUCAUGAAUUGUAGACGAAAGAAAAUGAAAAUGUAUACAUCACUAUUUACAUUUAAUGUUAUGCCAAGAAGUACAAGUUCUGAACAGAUAUUUUCAAUGCAUUUAAGAUUUCUGUUAACAGAAUGAUCACAGGGUAAAAUAUUUAAAACUGAAUUGCAUUAAAAUGCUUGAUUUACAAAGAAAUCUUAUUUUCAGUAUAUUUAGUUAGCUAAUUGAUUGAUGACUGUUUUUUCUGACAGCAUUUCCUUGUACCAGUUAAGUGCAGUCAAUGAGCAAUAAAAUACCACAGAAAAGAAACA